GCGGCGGUUAGGCCGGCCUCCCUCCCUCCCCUCAGGACGGACCCGCUUCCCGAGGAGGAGCCGAGGCGGCCCGCAGAGAGAGGGAGAGACAGGCUCCAUGGUGACGGCGCAGAUUUGGAAGAAACCUUGGCCUUCCUGGUUCCGCUGUAAGUUGGGCUCGCCCUAGUGCCCAGCUGCAGUCAUGUCGAAGCUCAAGUGCUCGGAGUCGGUCCGGGUCGUGGUGCGAUGCCGGCCAAUGAACAGCAAGGAGAAAGCCGCUUCUUACGAGCAGAUGGUGGAGGUGAACGUCAAAUUGGGGCAGGUGUCAGUGAAGAACCCUAGGGGAACGUCCCACGAGUUGCCAAAGAUGUUCACCUUUGAUGCGGUCUACGACUGGAAUUCCAAGCAGUUUGAACUCUAUGACGAAACCUUCCGGCCGCUGGUGGACUCGGUGCUGCAGGGCUUCAACGGCACCAUUUUUGCCUACGGGCAAACCGGGACGGGGAAAACCUACACGAUGGAAGGCGUGCGAGGCGACCCUGAGAAGCGGGGGGUCAUCCCCAAUUCUUUCGACCACAUCUUCACGCACAUCUCUCGGUCUCAGAACCAGCAGUAUCUGGUAAGGGCUUCCUAUUUGGAGAUCUACCAAGAAGAAAUCAGGGACUUGCUGUCGAAAGAUCAGUCUAAGAGGCUGGAGCUGAAGGAGAGGCCGGACACGGGAGUGUACGUCAAAGACCUAUCCUCUUUCGUCACAAAGAGCGUGAAGGAAAUAGAGCACGUUAUGAACGUGGGGAACCAGAACCGUUCAGUAGGGGCCACCAACAUGAACGAGCACAGCUCCCGCUCCCACGCCAUUUUCGUCAUCACUAUUGAAUGUAGCGAAGUUGGGCUUGAUGGGGAGAACCACAUACGUGUCGGGAAGCUUAAUCUGGUGGACCUUGCGGGCAGCGAGCGCCAGUCUAAAACCGGAGCCCAAGGCGAGCGGUUGAAAGAAGCGACCAAGAUCAACCUCUCCCUCUCUGCUCUGGGCAAUGUCAUCUCUGCCCUCGUCGAUGGCAAAAGCACUCACAUUCCCUAUCGGGACUCCAAGCUGACCCGGCUCCUGCAGGACUCCUUGGGCGGCAACGCCAAGACGGUGAUGGUGGCUAACAUUGGCCCUGCCUCGUAUAACGUGGAUGAGACCCUCACCACCUUGCGAUAUGCCAACCGCGCCAAAAAUAUCAAGAACAAACCAAGAGUGAACGAAGACCCCAAGGACGCACUGCUGCGGGAGUUCCAGGAGGAAAUUGCACGGCUCAAGGCUCAGCUGGAGAGGCGGUCUGUCGGCAAGAGGAAGAAGAAAGACCAGAGGAGGGACGGAGGAGUUGGCGGGGAGGAGGAGGACGACGACGAGGAGGAUGGCGAAGAUGGGGAGGAAGAGGGGGCCGACAAAGACGAUUAUUGGAGAAAGCAGCAGGAGAAGCUGGAGGUGGAGAAGAAGGCCAUCCUCGAGGACCACAGCCUUGUCGCUGAGGAGAAGAUGAGGCUCCUGAAGGAGAAAGAGAAGAAGAUGGAAGACCUGAGACACGAGAAAGAAGCUGCUGAAAAACUAGGGGCCAAAAUCAAGACGAUGGAAAGCAAACUUCUCGUUGGAGGGAAAAACAUUGUCGAUCAUACCAAUGAGCAGCAGAAGAUCUUGGAACAGAAGCGGCAAGAGAUUGCUGAGCAGAAACGACGGGAACGAGAAAUUCAACAGCAGAUGGAAAGCCGGGAUGAAGAGACACUGGAACUGAAAGAGACCUACAGCUCCUUGCAGCAGGAGGUGGACAUUAAAACUAAAAAGCUGAAAAAGCUGUUUUCUAAGCUGCAGGCUGUGAAGGCGGAAAUCCACGACCUUCAAGAAGAGCACAUCAAAGAACGGCAAGAAUUGGAGCAGACCCAGAAUGAGCUCACACGGGAACUGAAGCUCAAACACCUGAUCAUAGAAAAUUUUAUUCCGUUGGAAGAGAAAAACAAGAUCAUGAACAGAUCUUUCUUUGAUGAGGAAGAAGACCAGUGGAAACUGCACCCCAUCACACGCUUGGAGAAUCAGCAGAUGAUGAAGAGGCCGGUGUCCGCAGUGGGAUACAAGAGGCCCUUGAGUCAACACGCACGGAUGUCCAUGAUGGUCCGUCCAGAGGCCCGAUACAGGGCAGAAAACAUUGUCCUGCUGGAAAUGGACAUGCCAAGUCGGACCACCCGAGACUACGAAGGGCCGGCCAUCGCUCCCAAAGUCCAGGCCGCCCUUGAAGCCGCGCUGCAGGAUGAGGAUGAGAUUCAAGUGGACGCUUCCUCUUUUGAGAGCACGUCAAACAAGAAGUCAAAAUCCAGGCCGAAAACUGGAAGAAAAUCUGGGGGCGCUUCCUCGAGCACCUCGGGCUCCCAGUUCUAUCCACAGUCCCGUGGGCUGGUCCCCAAGUAACGCCAGCGGUUCCUUCUUGAGGCCUGGCUAAACCUUUUGCCUUUCCAAACCUGAGGCAAGUAAGAACCUUCGAAGCAGGACUCGGUGGCCAAACCUGCCAAAAGGAUUCCUUUGGAGCAGAAGCGGGGGCCCUCCUUGCUCUGGAGCUGAACUGAUUGGGGGCCACGCGGGGCAGGUUCAACGUGGACUUCUCUGCCCUGCACGACAGGAUUUCUUUCCCCUGGCAACCUCUUUGAGGAAAAGAGACUGUAGUUAGGAAAUCAGAAAUGCAUGAGGUACGUUAGUGUGUGUUAGAAGCAGCAAGAACCGUGGCAGGAGGGCAGGCAUUCCUCUCGCCGCGUUUGCCUCCACCUCUUGCUUGCUCUUUGAGACUGGAGUUAAAGAACCGAUGCUAUGGGACUUCUUGAUACUAAAAAAACCACAGAUCUUUAGAGUGGUUGGGAAGUGACAAGAGGAUUUACCCAGCCCUGGCAGACCAUAACUGCUUCCCCACCCCUCUCCCCCUUUACACUGAAAGGAUGGCACUAUUUUCCCUGCUCUUUUUGAGGGUUGGGGGGUGGAUGUCUAGGAAAUGGGAAA